AGCCCGUGAGGACCAGAGAUGACAGUGUCGAGGCAACUGGGAGCCCUAAGUGGAGCCAAAAUGGGGCCCGGGGCGCGGACCCGACAGGUGUUUCCACCUCAACCUUCCUCAGAUUCUGAGCCAGAAACAGAGAGAGUUGGUGGUGGUGUCACUCAGCCCAGGACAGAUGAGCUGUUGGAUUUUCUCCAGCCAGGCAAGGAAAUGGUAGCUGUCUCAAACUCAGCUGAGGGGUAUUAUGACACACUGCAGGCACUCAAGAUGAAAAACAGACAGUAUCUGUUAGAACUGGGCUUGCUCUACCAGGUAAAAUUGGAGAAUGACCAGAAACCCUUCAAGGAGGAACUGGAAGACUUCUUCCAAGACAACGGGCGAUUGACUCUGCAGGGCAAGCCCUAUGAGGCUUCAAGAUCUAGUAUCAUAAGCCAGUCCAGUUCUGUAACUGACCUAAACUUGGACAGUCCUUGGGAUCAGCAAAAUCCUCUCUCACUUCCUCAGUCCCACCUGAGGCCAAAGAGUGCUGCAUCUGCCUGGGUCUCUACUAUCACCAUCCCCCAGCCCUUCAAGAUGACUCUGCGUGAGGCUCAUAAAAAGCCCCAGUUGAUGAAAUCACGUGCAUCCCUUGAGCUGGAAAAACAAAGGGACAAAAGACAAAGUCAGGAGGAGGCAGAGUGCCAGAAGCAGUUCCGCGCACAGCCGGUGCCUGCCCAUGUCUACUUGCCACUCUACCAGGAAAUAAUGGAGCAGAAUGAGAUUCGCAGGGAGGUUGCAACACAGAAGAGAAAAGAGUUGCUCCUUUCCACUCAGCGACCCUUCAGCUUCCUGGAGAAGGAGGACAAGAAAAAGGAGGCCAUCAGACAGAAGAUCUUGGCAGCACUGGCUCCAGUUGAGAACUCCAAACCAAAAGGCAACAAGACAGUCCCUAAAUUCAUCUAUAACCCAGUUCUUGGGGAUAAACUCAAAGAAGCUGAACUCUACAGGAAAAUUCGCAUUCAGAUGAGAGCCAAGGAUUUGUUGGAAAACUCCUCAGCUCCUAUUGAUCCUAGCAACAGACAAAGAGAGCCACAGUCCCGAAUCGCCACCAAAACCAAACAAGAAAAACUCAGCUUCCUGCAAGAUGACUUCAGCUUUAAACCAAGAAUUAACCCAGCGGUGCCUGAUUUUGAAAGACUUUACUGGGCGUUUCAGAGAGAAGCAAUAAGGAUACGAGAAGUCAAAGAGCCAACUCGUAAUCAACCAUUUAAACUGAGAACCUCCAAUCUCCACUACAGGCAGAGACAGGCUAAUGAGCAGAAAAUGAAGCAGUCUUCCAAGGCUCCGGUGCAAAGAAGUCAUUCUCUGACUGGUCUCUCCUCUCUCUCUUCCAACACCCUUCCAGUGCACAUUACAGAUGCAACAAGAAAGAGGGAAUCUGCUAUUAGAUACUGCCAGGAAGACAAAAAGAGCAGGGAGAAUGAAGGAAUUCAUUGGAUGGAGAUACAGAGAAAGAAAUGUCAGGCUAUGCAUAAAUCUAUGAGCAGUCGAGCAAAAGCAAUGGAUCCCCAUAAAAGCUUGGAGGAGACGCACAAGGAGAAGCUGAAACAGAACUGGCAGAAUGACCGCAAAAGAACAAAGGAGUACAAAAAAGAACUGGAAGAAAUGCAGAUACGAGUCAAGAACCGACCAUACCUCUUCGAACAGGUCACAAAGCAUGAUGCCCGGCAAGAGGCAGAGCGACACUACCGAGACACCCUUUGUCAGGUGGGGUUGAAUGAGGAAUUUGUAAGGAACAAAGGGAGAGAUGCUACUGACCUACCAAAGGAGGAAGAGUCUGAAACUCACAGAGCUCAGGAGUCUCAGAAGGACACAGACAUUGGCACUGUACAAGAAGAAGAAUCUUAG